UGACAGCAGUGGUGGCUCGUCCUUGAACUCGAUAGAUAUUUUUGUAGGUUUCACAAGUAUAAUUGGUUAUCUAAUUACGAGGGUUCAGUUAGUAAAGAUGAAGACGUUUGCAGUGACAACAUCCCAUGUCGUAGCUAUCCUAUGUCUUCACACAUCUAUGCUAUACAUAACAUCAUCGUCGGCUCGUGACAGCGAGACGUCAUCAGUGCUGAUCGAAAUUCUACGUCAGCAGCUGAAGGAUGCUGGACAUGAGCCAUCACCACAGCAGAUCAAGUUGUUACGUCAUCACGUGCGUAGCUCUAGCGGUAGCAUGAGUAGUAUGAGUAGUAUGUCUGGACCAGCGCAACCACCAGCUCAGCCUCAACCUCAGCAACCAGCCACACAAGCCCCGGCGCCACCUGCAGCCACACAACCACCCGCACAGCCACCCGCACAAUCACCCGCACAACCACCCGCUCAACCUCAACCAACGCAAGCGGCACCCCCUUCUCAAGCACCACCAGCUCAACCUCAGCCGCCGCCAGCUCCACCAGCAGCCCCUGCUGCUCCUCCCGGUGGUGGAUCGAUCUCGAUCUCUGAGUCAGAUUCUGAUGCUGAUUCGCUAUCAGCGGAAUCGCGCAACGACGCUGCUGCUGCUGCUGCUGCUGCUGCUGCUGCUGCUGCCAUACAGAUGCCUGCAGGAGUGAGUAGUUCACUAUCUCUGGAUACAGAUGAUGAACCUGAGCUGAUGUUGACGUCACAGUUAUUACGUAACCUCGAACUGAGGGCGGUGGAGUACUACCUACAGCAUAAUCCUGAGUUUCAAGGUAUCCGCAGCAGAUUAGCAUCCACAGCAGCUACUGCACAGGCAUGGAGCGUGGGACGUAUCACGGGCGCUCUUCUAGCUGCUAUGUGCGCUAUUUACGUUCACCUUCCAGUGUCGUCGUUGCUAUAACCACCGGUGGUAGUGGAUUAAGAACAAGUCCAACUAAUAAUUGCACGUUUACUAGUUUAAAGUUAGCUAUUGUCUUGACGACUUGAGGUGUCACUUCUUGUGCACACUUGCUGCUGCAUUAUGCAUUCUUAAUUAAGUGCGACACGUGCGUAACAUUGCUGUCAAAACUUGAAGCCUUGACAUGACUUUGAAAGGAUCACAUUGCGACUCUGUAGCAUGUGUUCGAGGACAAUACACCUCUCGAGAAGCGUAUGUGCUUAUUGUGUUAGAAAAAUAAGAAAACACAGAAAAUACAGAAAACACAGUCAUAAUUAUCCGACACUGUAUAUAAUAUACUUGAAGAACAUAAACUAUCAUGUACAUGUACAUUAUGAUCGCAGACUUCAGUACGUUAGUGAUUCUCCACUUUAACAGUAAUUCUAACUGUCGAUUUUAUCUAUGUACGUCAUGUGAAUAUUAAUUUUUGUGAAUUUGCAAAUCACGGAUUAUGCUAAUCAUAUCGCUCAUUCCAACACUUGUCUCCAUCGCCGUAUUCUCCAACUUGUAUCUUUUAUUGGCAUUGAUAAAACAAAACACACUUUACGCGUGUAGUUCUGCACCAUUGGUGGCUCAAUGCUUUC